AUGUAAAAUUAAUUCUUAGUUGAAUUUGCCACCAAAUCCAAUACAAUAAUUCAAUCAAUGGCGAAUUUACAUCAUUAAGCAAAAAAUAUCAAUGAUUAACUCAUUCAAACAGUCCUAUCUGAUGCAACACAUUGGAUGGUUGAGACUAUUAACACUUUAUAAUUUACAAUUGAGCAAUUUAAUUAAAAGUUUUUAAGAAAUGAGGGAAUAAUCUAAAAUGAAAUGAAUUAAUUGAAAUUANCAAUUUAAACAUUAGCUCCUACUUUAAUUACUAGUAUUACUAAUACUAAAAUGAAUAGAGAAUUGAUAUCAGCAGUUGUUUAAUUUAUUCUUCUUUGUUAAAUACCAUAGCAUUUAAUGAUAGUACGAUAAGGUUGUGAGAAAUAAUAGAUUUUAGAAGAUUAUUAUAAAGUUUUAGAACAUCAUUUAAAGAAAAUUACUUAAUUACCAAAAGAGAUAUUUUUUGAUUUGGCAAAUAAAUUCUCUCCUGAGUCUUUCUAGAAAUUAGUAAUUAAUUUGGAUUUAAAUUCAAUUGAUAUUGGAUAUACAUAUGAUGUAUGUUUAAGUAAAGAAAUAUACACUCCAUUACUGUAUAUAUGUCCAAGAAAAGAGGAAGAUUUUUUAACUCCUUUAAAUAAAAUGUUUGAGAAACAUAAAUAGGAACUAUAUGAAAAAUGUUUAUGGUUUAUAGAAAUUACAUAAAAAUAAAUUCUAUUUCCAAAUGAUCAGAUUCCAUUAGAAAUAUGGAAGAAAGCUGUAAGAUAAUAGAUGUUAUGGUUAAUGGAAGUAUUGGAUGUGUUGUAAAGUGAGAAAUUGUUUCAAAUCUUGACAACUUAUCUUAAAUAACCUUGCUUAGGUGCAUUACAUCAUGAAUCUGUGUAUUCAUAUUUUAAUAUAACUUAAGAAAAUUUAUUGGCAACAAAGAUAUUUGAAUAAGUAAGUAGUAUUAAAUAAUAAUAUUUACUAUAAUAUCUAUUAUUUAUUAGUAAAAUAAUUGAUUAGAUUAAAGUUAAAGAAUCAGAAAAAUUACUAUUAUAGAUAUUUGAAAUCAAUAAAUCUUAUAUUGAUAAUUAUGUAGCAAUGCCUGAAGAUUUAGAUUAAAUCUUAUAAAUUAUUUAUUAUUUAAUGCCUCAUACUGCAUUAAUUGAAUAAGCAUAUGAAAGUUAAUGUGUUGAUUACAUUGCUUAUUACUUUUUAUAUUAAAAUUAAUACAACGAAGCAAUUAAAAUAUUCUUUAAUUAUGAAGAAUUCAAACUUAGAGUUUACAAAUGGUUAGAAUAUUAACCUUAUGAUCCACUUAUGUUAGAUCAUCUUGAUAAGCUACUUGAAUUGGACCCUGAGAAAUGUGCUAAAGUAUUUCAAAGUUGGCCUAUCGAAACUUUAUAAAAACUUAUUAUUUAUCAACCAAAAAGAGAAUUAUUACAUGUAUUCAAAUAUUUAUCUAUUGAUCUUUCUUAAUUUCUUUAAUUGAAACUAAUUGAAUUGAUUAGUAUUCAUGAACCAGAAAAUACUAUUUCAUGGUUAAAGAAUAGACAAUAUUAAUUAGAAGAUGUUGAAUAAAUAUUUUAAUAAACCAAUAAUAUUGAAGGAUUAGGAUAUAUUUUAGAACAAAAAGGACUAUAUCAAUAAGCAAUAGAUAAUUAUCUUUAAGUAUAUAUAGAGGAAUCUAGAAAUUACAUUUUAUCAUUUAGAAAUCAAGAUAGAGUAACAUAAUUGUUUUAGAACCUAAUGAGAGUUACUAAAAUAGCUGUUUAAUCAGCUGAUACUAAUUAAGAAUUAUAUUUAUAUAUAGCACACAAUAUCUUUAAUCCGUUGAUGCAUUAAACUCAUUGGUGUAAACUUAAGAGAUCUUAUGUGUUCAAUUAGUAAUUUAGUUAGCUAUUUAUGCAUUUAUUUCGCUAUUCUCCAACAGAAUUAAUCAAAAUAAUAGAAAUAAAUCAUGAAACAUUUAAUUAAGUUCACUUAAAAAGUAGUUUUAUUACAGUUUUUAAGGAAUUUGGAUAUGAAAAAUAAUUAGUAGAAAAGAUAUCUAAGAUUAUUAGAAAUGAUAAUAUUAAAUUGCUUAAGUUACUAUAUUCUUUAAUGAACAAAUCAAAUUUAUAUGAAAUUAAUUGCAUAGAGUGUUAACAAUCAUACACUUAAGAUUAAGCAAUUCUUUUAAAAUGCGGCCAUACAAUGCAUCCAUUUUGUUUGGAAAACAAGUAUUGUCCAAUAUGUUAAAAUAUCUCAGCUUAAUCAAGUAUAUCUAAGAAUAUAAUUAAUAGUGCUUGAAAGUAUAGGAAUAGAAGAAUUAAAGAAAUCUAUCUUAAAAUCUAAAGUGGAUAAUUAAUAAUUGUAAUUAUUGAAAAAUGUUGAUGAUAUAGAUUUGGAAGAUAAUUUUAUAUAAUCAACUACUUAAGAUGAUAAAGAAAUAAUAGAAUUAAGAUUAUUAAAUAAAAUGGAUAUAUAUGAUUAAUUAACUGAUUCUGCAUUGCAAUAGGUAUUCAAUUGUAAUAAUUGUAGUACAAUUCUUUUUUAGAUUAAUAUUUUUGAUAGUUGUCUGACUUUAUACUUUAUAUAAUUGUUUAUAAAUAAAAAUGCAGUUAUUUCAUAUAUUUAACUUAGAAAUUAAUUUAAAAAAGUUCAAAAUUCUACAUAAUGUUCUGUGACCAUCAAGGAGAAUAAUCAUUCUGUAUAUGUUGUCAAUAACUUAUUUGUGAAUUAUGUAUAUGUUGUACAAAUUCAAAAAAAAUAAAUGUGCCAAAAAUACAUUUAAAUGCACUUUGUUCAAGAUGUGAUUAAACUUAAGCUUAAAUUAAAUGUGAAUAGUGUAUGUUUCAAUUCUGUUAAGAAUGUUUUUAAUCAGUUCAUAAAAUAGGCAAAUUUUCAACUCAUAUCAAAAUUGAAAUCAAUUAAGAUCUACACUAAUAAAUUAUCAAAUAAAUGUCUAUAAUUGCAGAACUUGAAUAAUACUGUUAAGAAUAAAUGACAUCGAUUUUAUAAUAUUUUGAUUAGAUCUAAGUAGUAUUAGAUAGGAAAAAAAAUAGUUUCUUGAUGGUAUAUCAAAUUAUCGUAAUUAAUAAAUAAAAUAGCUUAAAUAGAGAAUAAAUUUAAUUGAAGCAGCUGUCAAAAUUAAUUCAGAAUAAUCUUUUGAAAUCCCAGAGUGUCUAAUUUAUUAAAAAGAAAGAUAUCUAGGUUUAAUUUGAGAAACCUGGAUUAGUUUUAGGCACAAAUCCAUUAUACUUUGGAAUAUGGUCUUGGGAAAUCAAAUUAAAAAUUAUUGGAAUAAUUGAAGAUUUGACAGCCAGUUUGGUUAUUGGAGUAGCUAAUAAAUAAAGAAAGAUUGUUGGAACUACAUUGAAUUAUGGUUAUUAAAGAGACUCCUUGAUUAUUAAGGUCUUGGUUGAUAUGGACAAUAAGUUAAUGACUAUAACUUCGAAGAUGCAACAAAUGGAGAAAGAUUCUAUAAAGGUCUGA